GACGGGGAUGCAUCUAAGGCGCUUCUUAAUUCGUUCAAUGGAAAAUUAGUUUUCCCGCACGCGCACACCCUGAACUUCGUGCUUAACAAUUCCACCUAUAAUUAUGGCAGUUAUGUGGAUUUGUACAAACAAAACGCUAGCAGAUUUGCUAAUGACAUCAGAUAUAUGGUUCCCAAUAUGCGCAGGGUUGUACUUAGCUGUGAUCGGCUUGGCUCCAGUUCUUACAGAUAUUACAAACAACCUAUGAUGGACAGUGUGUGCUCCAGUUUGUGCCAGGGCGUAGACCAGAUAUCCGUUGAUGCGUCGUGUGGGGGGUUCCCAUUUGCGCUGAGCGCGGAUUACUUGCCUGGGAUAACUCGCAUCAAGUAUUGCCUGGGAGGCGGCCAGGAGAAGACAGUUUUUGAACUUAUUAGGAGUGCAACGACACUGCGGUUGCUUGAUAUUUACAGAAAAUGUAAUGGCAUAAAUGGUGAUGAGGCGAUUGGUCUAGUUCGAGAUGAGAUCGCUAUACCCAAUCUGGGACAAGUUGCACUCUUUCCAAACCUCAAGGUGCUUUGCACAUCUAAGCGGUUUUACCAUUAUGAUGACAUUUUGCUUAAAGGCAACUUUGGCACACUUGAAUACUUGUCUUUAUCUCUGAGCCCGGAUCUCGUCAGUAAUCUUGAAGAGCGUCACACAUUUACCACUAACUCUCAUCCGAGGCUCUGCCACCUUCAACUUUAUAAUCGUUAUAACCCUAGCUAUUAUGCGUCCGAUGACGCAGCAACAUGCUUUGCACUUAAAAUCAUCAGCUCAGCACAAACCUCAUUGAGCACAUUGGAGCUACACAGCUGUUUUGAUGUAAGUGCAUUCAUUACCGGUGUUCGGUCAGACACAUGGCCCAGUAGAAUCCAGUCGCUCAGUAUGCCCGAGAUAUACCUCAACUUUUCUGACAUGGUGCAGUUGCUCAAGAAUUUGCCUGCUUUGAAGACGCUCUGUAGUAAUAUUGGCAAGCCCAAAGUUGAUAAACAUUCUGACAUUGCUGACGUGGGUGCCCUUGGCUAUUCCGACAAAACGGCUGGCGAAGUUUAUGCCGCGCAUUAUCCGCUGGGACGAGUUUUCAUUCACCGGUUUAUUCGAGAGGAUGCAUAUUUUAGUGACCCCACCUUUUCUUAUGAGAGAGCUGUUUUGCUGGUCGCACUGAUAUGCCCUUACUUCGGCAUAGCAACCUUGAAUUAUAGGGAUUGGAGUCAAGAAGACACAAUUUCCGAGGAGUUCAGACAGCAUGCCGAUCGUCUAAGACAGGUCAAGUUUUGCGUUGAUUGUGACAUUUGAAUUUACUGACAAGCCUUCAUUUAAUUU